ACUUCCGGAAAAAACCUACCAAAAUCAUCAAGUUUUUUUUUUUAAGUAAAUCAAAAUUUACAAUGGAUAAGACUAACUCUUCUUUGCUACCUUAUAUAAUGGACAUGCUCAGUAGGCAGCCGCAACUAUGUGCCACCACGGAGGAUCUGAUGAAAAGUAUCAAGGAUAUAGUCCUCGACGAGCACAUCGGUUCCUUUGGCAGCCUCGAGCGCGCGGUGGAAUUCGCCCUGGAAGUGGGCGUCAGUCUGGGCAUCUUAUCCCUGACCGACCACCAGGUCCGUCUGCCCUUCAACUUCCGCAAGAGAAGCCCUAGGUUCCAAGUUCCCGCUGCGUCCCGAAUCUCGCCCCUGAUGGGUCGCCGGGCGAUCAGGCAGCGAGUGCCGAAGGCCACAGCCGCCAAGCUGAUGGGAAAAAAGAAGCCAGGACCAAAGGUUGUUCAAAGGAAGCGUCGCCCGAGGAAGCCAGCUCCCAGUGAGAUCCCGAGUCCCGAGCAAUAA